AAAUAUUGUUUAAUCAUCGAAGAUAAACAUAAUUUUGGAAGGUAUGUUCAACAAUUGACAAGAGACUAACUACAAACAUUUGAUAUCGCAGCAAGGCUAAAGUUUAAACUGUUUUAAGUACAGCAAAAACAAUACAGCCCAAGUUAUCCCAAAACGAGCAGAUCUAUCUAUGGUCAGUGGCAAUAUCCCAACCUUUUUUUAAUGUGUAAGGCUACAAUAUUUAAUGUUUGCGUAACUUUCUGUAGAUGGUAAAGUCGCAAAUGACUGCUAUUUCUAGCAUUUGGAGCAACCAUAUAGAGUUUGCUUUGUUUAUUCAGUGAGUCACCAAUCCCGUUGGUUGUAUUUGAGUUGUGUACUUUGAUAUUGACAAUAAACCCACUGGAAAAUUUCGACGAUGGCAAGUAGUGGUUGCCAUCCGUGUGUGGAUCUUCUUAAUAAAGACGAACUUUUGGAAACACUCCAAAGACCAGAAUAUGAUUCCGUUUGGAAUUCAGAUUUCAAAGGAGCCAAAGGGACAGACAUUGUUUUGAAUUUGGUAAAUGAUGGACAGUUUAGUUCAUUGUAUGAACUUUACAACAAAGCAUCUGUUGACAAACAUCCAAGUAUCAUUGUUAAACACAUCAAGUCAAUUCCAAUGGGUUCAAAACUCAGCACUGUUCCUGUCACUCUUUCAUAUGAACGACAAGUCCUUCAGAAACUAGAUGAGUUCUGUCUCAAUAAUAAAUCCCUCAGGAUGUAUCUUCAUGUUCCAGAUACAGCAUUUGCAUUUCUCGAGAAGUUCCCACUUCAGCAUAGUCUAAGAGAGAGACUGAAGAAUAAAGAUUUUUCUCUAGAUUUAGCUGCAGCUAUUGUUGACAGUUUGGCAAUGAUUCAUAAAGCAACUCAUUUGCAAUAUAAUAAAACAGAGUAUCUUGAAGAUCUAGAAGCCCAAUUACAAACACAACAUUGCCAAGACAUUGUGGAACAGCUUACAUUUGUGGCACCAUUCCAAAAAAACAACAGAUUAAUUGAAGAAGACCAUAUCAUAGAAGAAACCCUUAAAAGAGUGAAUGAGAAACCCAUUGUGUCAACAGCAGUGAAAGACAUGAAGAAUGUUUUCCAUUUUACCAAGGAAUGCUUGAUUCAUGGAAAUCUCCAAUUGGAUUCCAUUUAUUUCACCUCUUCAAAUAAUGCUUAUCUGACUAACUUUGAAUUUUCCCACAUUGGCCCAGUAUCAUAUGAUAUGGCAUGUCUUCUUGUUAACUACAUUACAUUCUUUUACUACCAUCUUGAGCACUUUCACCAGCCAGACACCUGUAGUCGGUUCAGCCAAUGUUUGAUUGAAUUCAUGAAGAUUUCAGGGUUAAAGUACACUGAAUUAAUGAAGCUGAAAUCAGAUCAGAAAUUUUGGUCUGAGGUUGCUGGAUUCACUGGAUGUGAAAUUAUUAAGCGACUUCUGGAACCAUUCCAUUUGAAAACAUUGCAAGGUUGUCAGCAUGCAAGGAAAGACAUGCUAGAAGUGGGAUUUCGGCUUUUAUAUGCUUAUAAGAACAUCAGUUCUAUAGACAGUCUUCUCAUUAUAGCCUUUAUGUUGGUUUAUUAAGUUAAUGAAAUUAAUUAUUUCUCUGGUAGAAGAAUAAAUGACAAAAGAGCUAGUAUUGCUCAAGAAUUCCAUCUUGCAUUACUUAAGCUGGGUAUUUUUUGAAACUUCAAAGUAGGAAAUGUUCCGGUUUCUUCAAAGAAAUGGAAAACUCUGGUCAAAUGAAAUAGAAAUUUCAUGUCAUCUCACCAUCCUGCUGAUUCAGUAAUCUUUUCUUCACCAUUGUUGAAAUUAGCCUGGAGCUUUUCAUAAUUACUUAGAAGCUCUGGAAUGAGUGUAUGUUCAAUAUUGGGAGAUGAUUUUUUUCCUCCAAGUUCGUUAACCAUUACAACAUGAAGAACACUAUCAAGGAUAUGAUGCUGACAACCAAUAAAUUGCAGUUCUCUCAAACCCUUUUGAGCAAACAGUCUUUGCAACUGAAUGACAAUGCCAUUUCUUUUCCCAGUGUUCACACUUGUUGUAUCAGCUUGAUAUACUGCUUCUGCACUGCAUUAAGUCAGCACACCAAGUUUGGUAAAAACUUGCGUAGGCAUUAUGUAAAAAUUGGAGUUAAAAUUUCUAAUCUCCUUACUCAUCUAUAGAGGGAACGUCUCUGAAACCUCUUUUACUUAUAUUUUCACAUCUCCUAGAUUCUAUUCUAUUUCCUUUCUCAAGUCCUUUGUAAAAAUUUUAUUUAUACUUCUUGCAUUGAAGAGUACAGUGAUAUAUAAUUAAUUUAAUUAAU